AUGUCUCUGCAGGUGCGUAACCUGACGCAGCAGCUGGAGGGCGCUCUGACGCGCUCUCUGGGCGAGUACCUGGACCGCUGGCGGCACAACGCCACGCAGGCGGAGCGAGCCCUGAGCGAGCGCAUGGCGCAGGAGAACUUCCAGGGCGUGAUCUGGUACCUGGCCGUGAUGAUCGGGAUGUUCGCCUUCAUCAUCGUGGCCAUCCUCGUCAGCACCGUCAAGUCCAAACGCAGGGAGCACUCGGACGACCCGUACCACAAGUACAUCGAGGAGGACUGGACCGCCCAGCUGAAGAACGAGACCAUUGCCCACCCUUACGUCCAGGCCAACCCUAUACCAAGGGGCUACGACUCGCCCUACUCCCCCUGA